AUGGCUGGUGAGGGUAGAAAGCCGGAGGCAGAUAUAGAUGUCCCUGCGGAAUCCAGUACUGCUACUCCUGUUGUGGAAACGAAAAUAAAUGAACAGAGCUCAACAACCCUACAAGCCGAGACGACCAAUACAGCUCCUCCGCAAGCCAGUGCUACUCCUGUCGCUGCGGCGGCUACCAAAGAGGAUGAGGAGGGAUCAGACUGGGAGGAUCUGGAUGACGUCCUCGACGAUUUCUCCACCUUGAAAAAGCCAUCCGCAGCCACACAACCCGCUUCCUCAUCAGACAAACCCAUCUCCACCGCAACUACAGCUCCCCAACCAUCAUCAUCACCAACAUCAUCAUACCUUGACAAAAACGCCACCAAAGCUCCCGAAUCUGACCUCGACGAAAAUGCCUUCAUCGAGCAACUGGAGCAAGGCAUGGCGGAGCUUAUGGGCUCAGCCGGCGGAGACGGCGAACCAGACUGGGAUGCUCUGGCGCAGAAAAUGGCGCAGGGUAACAUGGACCCAACAGACAUUAUGAAGUUGCUUAUGGGUGAAGGGGGUCCGGGCGCUUUGGCUGGAGGAGGAGAGGCGGAUUUACCUGGUUUUGCUGGACUUGGUGAUGAUAAGAAGGAUGGGAAGGGAGCGGCGGAGGCUCCAAAAGCUGGUGCCGCCGCUGCUGCUGCUGCUGCUGCCUCCUCUCCAGGUGGCACUGGGAGUGGUAGUGGCAGUGGCGAUAAAGUGGGUGAUAAAUUCCAAGAAACGAUCCGCAAGACGAUGGAGCGCAUGCAGGCGUCUGGAGAGAAAGCUACGGCUGCCGCGACCGAGGAUGGAGGGGAUGAUAUGCUCGUCAAGCUGUUGAAGGCGAUGGAAUCAGGGGCUGGUGCAGGAGGGGGAAAUGACGAGGAGAGCCUUGAUAAGAUAUUCAUGGGUAUUAUGGAACAGUUGUCGAAUAAGGAUAUGCUAUAUGAGCCCAUGAAGGAGCUACAUAAUAAUUUUGGCCCGUGGCUAGAAGAGAAUAGAGGCAAGGUUCCCAAGGAGGAUAUGGAGAGGUAUGAAUUGCAGGCGGUUGUUGUCAGGGAGAUUGUGGAGAAGUUCGAUGAGGAGGGGUAUUCGGAUGAUAAGCCGGAGCAUAGGGCUUAUAUUUGGGAGAAGAUGCAGAAGAUGCAAGCUGCGGGCAGUCCUCCUGAUGCCCUAGUGUCAAAUCCGCUGGCGGAUGAGCUUGGGAUCUCAAGUACAUUAGGUGGAGGGGGUGGCCCUGGGGAUAUACCGGAAUGUCCUCAGCAAUGA